AUGCCUUCAAUCACUAAUAUUCACAAACGCCACGCCUAUGGCAAAGAUGCCCAUACCUACUACCCGGUUCUUAUAGUCGGAGCGGGAGAAUCAGGGGUGGCGAUGGGCUGCCGUCUCAAAGAGGUGCUGGGGAUCGACCAGUUCAGAAUAUUUGAACGACAAUCGGGUAUAGGAGGCACUUGGUGGAUUAAUCGGUAUCCGGGUGCCGCCUGUGAUAUACCUGCCCUAUUCUAUUCCUUCUCUUUUGCCCCAAAGCAAAAUUGGUCUACGUUGCAUCCCUCUGGCCCAGAGAUUGCCCAAUAUCUUGCCGAUGUUUGUGAGGAAUAUCAGAUCGUCGACAAAAUCCAGUUCAAUACAGAUGUGAAGCAGCUCCGGUGGGUUGAAGAAGAUGAAGAAUGGGAAGUCAUUCUGUCUCAUCUUGUCCCCGGUACUGGUGAUCUAUCUUCGUAUGACCGGGAGCAGCUCGCCAUUCAAGAAGGUCCAGAACGGGUCUUUAUCAAAACUGAGAUGGUCCGAGCCAAGAUCGUUGUCAGUGGCGUGGGUGGGUUGGUUGAGCCAAAGACAUGGCCCGGGGAUAUUCCUGGCUUCGAGGAAUUCCAAGGAUAUAUCAUGCACACGGCUCGGUGGGACGGCGAUAUUGACCUACAGAACAAAGAUGUGAUCAUUCUUGGUUCUGGCUGCAGCGCCGCCCAAGUAGUCCCCGAGCUAGCUAACCCAGAAGCAAACGUGCGCUCCAUCACUCAGAUCAUGCGCACUCCUCCCUGGGUUCAGCCGGAUCUCCUGCCUCCAGAAAUGCUUGCCAUGUGGGAAAAAUGGAUGCCGAUGUUGAUGGCAAAUGUUCCAGGCCUGACACGUCUUUUGCGCAAGACUAUGUUCCUAAUGUGCGAACAUAACUUCCUUUCAAUUUUCACAGACACAGCAUACAGUAAUUGGCGACGUCCACGGAUGGAAAAGGCAUUCCUGGAGAAUAUGCGCAGAUUAGCACCAAAGGAAUACCAUGAAAUCCUCACUCCAAACUACAGUCUUGGCUGCAAGCGCCGUAUAAUUGAUGGCACAUGGUAUCGCAGCUUACAUGCACCAAAUGUGGAGCUGACGACACAGCCACUAACCCGUGUCCAUGCGAAGAGCGUGACGCUAGGACCGGGAAACUAUUUUUCUUCCAACACCGAGCUCAAGGACGAGAUUCGAGAAGUCCCAGCCGAUGUAAUUAUUCUGGGCAAUGGCUUUGCAACCAAUCAAUGGCUUCAUCCAUUGAAAGUCAUUGGCAAAGACAGCAAGAAUAUGGAAGAUGUUUGGGCGGAGCGCGGCGGAGCCCAAGCCUACCAGGGAAUUGCAAUGGAUAGUUUCCCGAACUUUUUCAUGAUUUUCGGACCGAACACGGCGACUGGGCAUAGCAGUGUGAUACUUGCGACAGAAAAUGCGGUCAAUUACUCCCUUAAGUUCAUCAAGCCGAUUUUGAAGGGGCAUGUCAGCUCCUAUGAAAUCAAAGAGAGUGCCGAACGCGCCUGGACCAGCCGGGUGCAGGACCAGCUACAGAAGACUGUCUUCCGUCGUGGCGUGUGCUCUAGCUGGUAUAUCACUGCAGACGGCUGGAACUCGUCAACCUAUCCCUGUGAAAGCGAUGAGUCAGCCACGAAUCUGGGGAACGGCAAACCCCGCGAGGAAUUUCUCCGCACUCGGUCGCCGGCAUUUCUCCCCAGUUUCCAUCUGCGGUGGUCUAGCAUAUGGUGUGUGAUGGCUUCAGAAUCGCCUCAGAUCGAAAUGACUCCGCCUCAGAUUGGCCCCGGCGACCAGUCCGCUACUCCGACCACCGACACAGCCAAGAGGAAGGCGGAACAAAGCAACGGAACGCAUACGCGCGCAAAGCGGAACCGUUAUAUUUCCAUUGCAUGCAACGAGUGCAAACGCCGCAAGAUCAAGUGCAAUGGACAGGUUCCAUGUCAACGUUGCGGUCACCUCAACUUAGAAUGCCGAUAUGCGCCCAAUUGUUGCAAUAAUAAUUUCAAGGACUCCGAGGAAUUCCGGUCAAUGACAUCUCAGAUCACCACGCUACAAGAACAAGUCAAUAGCCUUUUUAGCAAUUUGAAUGAACUUCGCGUUCAAAAACCAUCAUUCGAGUCCCCACCCUUUGACCACGUCUCGCGCGAUGGCUCCCAGUCUGUUUUCACUCCUAUGCGUACGGGGAUGCCGAAGGCUCGAUCGCGGCACCCCCGUUUCCAUGGUCCUACCAGCUCAGCGUUCAACUUUGAUGUUGCCAAAUCUAGCCUUCAGAGUAUGGGCAUUACGCAGCCAGAGGACGGGAUCCCAGAUGAUCUGACAACCGCGCACGUCACACCCGCAGGCUCCCCGCCUCCUCAUCUUGGACUUCUCGUUCCUACCAUCCACCCUACCAAGGAUCCAAUCUGGACCAUCCGCCGCGAUGAGGCUGUGCGCCUUUGCACAGUCUAUGAAGAAGAAAUAGGCAUUAUGUAUCCUGUGGUGGAUAUCUCCAGAAUUACUAACCAAGCAAAUCUGCUAUACACCUUCAUGGAAGCUGCUACGCGCACGGGAUUCGCACAGCGUGGUCUUCCAGGUCCUGACAGCCUUCAUGAUGAUAGCACUAUUAUCCUGAAGCUGAUUCUCGCAACCACGCUGGUCGUGGAAGGAGGUGGCCAAAGUGAGCUUGGGCAGCGGCUCUUCCUAAGCGUCAAGCCGGUGGUUGAAUCCAAGUUGUGGGAUCCUUAUGACAUUAAGAAUAUUCAACUUUUUACCAUCGUGGCUACUUAUCAUUUUCAUACCGAUGACGAUGCAAUGGCCUAUCGAUUAAUUGGCCUUGCAGCAAGGAUGUGCCUGGAGAUGGGGCUUCACCGACGAGACGCUCUUGUCAAGUCAUUUCCCAAUGAGGACCAGUGGACCGAGAUCACUCGGAUCUUCUGGACUGUCUACAGCUUGGACAGGCGAUGGAGUUUGGGGACAGGGCUACCAUUUGUUAUCCAGGAUGAGGACAUUGACCCUAACCUACCAGAGCCGGAUGCAUCUUUGCCUUAUCUAAGAUGCAUGAUCUCGUACAACCGGAUCAGCUCCAAGAUCUGGUACUCUGGUAUUGGCUCAGAAGGUACAACUGAUAUCCGUCGCGAUGAAAUUGGUUAUUUGGACUACCAAGUCCUUCAGUGGUAUAAGCAAAUUCCAGAUGAGCUCAAGUUCUACCCGGUAGAGUCUCCGAAGAAUGGAGAGUCCGCAAGCCGAGGGAUGCGACGCCUACGAGUCUUGCUAUACUUACGCAUGAAUCAACUUCGAAUUUUAAUCUACCGUCCGGUACUUCACUCUUCCGCUAGCAUUAUGGAAGAUCGUGGUCAUGCCCAGACGGUGGUAGAUGUUGCUAAAGACACUGUUCGGGUCCUCACCCGGUUGAAUCAGAUGUCCGAUAUCUACCGCACACAACAGAUCACAUUCAACUACUUCCUUGUCGCAGCAUUGGCAGUUCUGUUCCUUGCUGUGUGUCACGCACCGGCUGACUUUAACCGUCAAGUGCGAGAUGAAUUCUAUAUGGCACUGGAUCUGAUCAACGGAUUCAGCACCAAGUCUUAUGUUUCGAAGAGACUCUGGAAGACCAUCAAAGGUCUUCGGAAGAUUGGUGAGAAGCUGGGUGUGUUUUCUCGUCCGUUUGGUCCGGAAGGGAAUGAUCCUCAUUCCAAUGCUGCCGUCGCCAUGGCGGGCCUGGCGGGCCAUUCGAUUGACGAUCUGUCAAUGUAUGGACCUAUGAACGGGGUCCAUGAACUCGGCAAUAGCCCUCUGAAUGGAGUCCAAAUGAGCCACGAACUGACGAACCUUUUCGAGGCUGUGGGGGCCUUUGGCAGUUUCAUGACUAGUACUAGUGGUCCUGACAGCAUCAAUGGGUUUGUUGGCGCGGAUGGAGAAAUGCAGAACACCGGGGAAGGAUUAUCGGGGAUCCUAGGAGGCGAUGAGGAAUUUUCUCGCAUAAUUCGCGAUCUCUUCUGA